CUCCCACUGUGGGGUGCUCCUCCCAGGCAGAAGGGAACAGAGUGUGGGCUCAGGGGACUUCAGCCCUCACAGUCCACACCUGGGGUAUGUGGGCUAAUGGUCCCCCCUUUAACACAGCUCCCUCCUUCUCCCUCAGGAGCGUACAGUGCACCCUCCCUCUCAGCCCACCCAGGCCCUGUGGUGGCAUCAGGAGAGAACGUGUCCCUCUCCUGUAGCUCCGAGUCCACACUGGACAUUUUCCAUCUGCUGAAGGAGGGAGGAGCUGACCCACCAAGACACAUGGAAUUGACGACCUAUCUUGGGAUGUGGCAGGCUGUCUUCACUGUGGGCCCUGUGAAUGCCUCCCAUGGGGGGACCUACAGAUGCUAUGGUUCUCCCAGCUCCUACUCCUUUGUGUGGUCACACCCCAGCAACCCUCUGCAUCUCGAGGUCACAGGUGUGUACAGGGAGCCCUCCCUCUCAGCCCAGCCAGGAUCACUGGUGCUCUCUGGAGACAACCUGACCCUCCAGUGUCACUCAGAGGCUGGAUUUGACAGAUUUGCUCUGAGCAAGGAUGAGGGGCUCACACCCCCACAGAGUCUUCAUGGGCAGCACAACCCUGACUUCCCCCUGGGCCAUGUGAACCAGACCCAUGGGGGCCGGUACAGAUGCUACAGUGGACACCACCUCUCCUAUGUGUGGUCGGCCCCCAGCGCCCCCCUGGACAUCCUCAUUGCUGGAAUGUAUGAGAAACCCUCCCUCUCUGCCCAGCCGGGGCCCUCAGUGUCCUGGGGAGAGAAUGUGACCCUGCAGUGUCGCUCUGAUUUCUGGUUGGAUAGCUUCCAUCUGUGCAAGGAGGGGACACUUGCUCCUCCCCAGCAACUUUGUCUGCAGGACACGGCUGCACACUUUCAGGCCAACUUCACCAUCAGUCCUGUGACCUCAGACCACGAGGGAUCCUACAGGUGCUACAGCUCACAUAGCACCUUCCCCUACUUGUUGUCACUCCCCAGUGACCCCCUGGAGCUCCUGGUCUCAGGAGUGUAUAGUGCACCCUCCCUCUCAGCCCACCCAGGCCCUGCGGUGGCAUUAGGAGGGAACGUGUCCCUCUCCUGUAGCUCAGAGUCCCCGUUAGACACUUUCCAUCUGCUGAAGGAGGGAGGAGCUGACCCGGCCCGACACAUGGAACUGAGGAUCUAUCGUAGGAGGGGUCAGGUUAUCUUCCCCGUGGGCCCUGUGAACACCUCCCAUGGGGGGACCUACAGAUGCUAUGGUUCUCACAGCUCCUACCCCUAUGUGUGGUCACUCCCCAGUGACCCUCUGCAUCUCAUGGUCACAGGCGUGUACUGGGAGCCCUCCCUCUCCGCCCAGCCCAGCUCGCUUGUGCUCUCUGGAGACAACCCGACCCUCCAGUGUCGCUCAGAGGCCGGCUUUUACAGAUUUGCUCUGAUCAAGGAUGAGGGGCUCACAUCUCCCCAGGGUCUUUAUGGGCAGCACAGCCCCACCUUCCCCCUAGGCCACGUGAACCAUAUCCACGGGGGCCAGUACAGAUGCUAUAGUGGACACAACCUCUCUUAUGCAUGGUCAGCCCCCAGUGCCCCCUUGGACAUCCUGAUCCCAGGAAUGUAUAAGAAACACUCCCUCUCAGUCCUGCCACAGCCCUCAGUGUCUGGAGGACAGAAGGUGACCCUGCAGUGUCACUCUGAGAUCUGGUUGGAUAUCUUCCAUCUGUCCAAUGAGGGGGCACUUGCUCCUCCCCAGCACCUUCAUCUGCAGGACACGGCUGCACCCUUUCAGGCCAACAUCACCAUCAGUCUUGUGACCUCAGACCACGAGGGGACCUACAGGUGCUAUAGUUCAGACAAAACCUCCCCCUACAUGUUGUCACUCCCCAAUGACCCUCUGGAGCUCCUGGUCUCAGAAGCGGCUGACACCAUUAGCCCAUCACAAAACAAUUCAAAUGCCAAGAAGACCUCGCAUACCCACGAUCACACAGUGGAGAAUCUCAUCCGGAUGGGCGUGGCUGCCCUGAUCCUGCUGGUCCUUGGGAUUCUGCUAUUUCAGGCUCGACACAGCCUGAGAAGACCCCAGGAUGCAGCCAGGAGGUAAACACAAGAGAGAACAAUG